UGAUCUCCCCACACCAUAGUUGAUAGCUCUCCGCACACAAACAUACGCACCUGCACUUGCCUCUGCAAGCAAGUACGGACCGCCCCCCAGUUCCUGGCUGCCUGGCCGUGGCCUCCCUGGUGUUGUCGCUGUUGUGCUGUCCCCUUGUGUGUUGUUGUUGUGUGCUCUCUCGCUUGUUCCAUCCCCGUAGCUUGCAGCAAGCUCUGCCUCUGCGCAUCGUCCAUCUCGCUCGCUUCUUCAUCAGCUCAUCCCUUUCUCUCUCCUCCCUAUCAGGAUAAGCUCCCUAUCCGCUAGCUUCCUGCUGAUCUGUGGCGUUUGCUCUGUUCUCGUGCUUGAUUUGUUCUGUUCUGCGCUGUGGUGCCCGGGCAAUAAUUCUUGGUGGCUUGUUGCCACCCUCCUCGCGGCAGGGCGUAUAGGAUGAGCGGGACUGGGGAAGAGAACAAAACGGCGGAGCCAGUAGCCUGACCGUGAAAGAGAGAGCUCCAGCUCGAGCACGGGCACAGGCAGACGGCGGCUAGCUCUGCAGCGUGCCGAGAAACAGUGGAGCUUGAGCUUUUCAUGGAUUGGGAUCUCAAGAUGCCGAUGUCUUGGGACCUGGCCGAGCUCGAGCACGACGCGGUGCCGGCCAUCGCCGCCACCGCCGCGCCCGCCGCCGCGGUGGCAGCGUCGGGCAUUGCUGAUGCUGCCGCGGCGGCGCGUGGGACGCCGAGCCGGCCGGAGUGCUCGGUUGACCUCAAGCUCGGCGGGCUGGGCGACUUCAGUGCGGCGGACGGGCUGAAGGAGCCAGCGGCGAAGGGCCCGUCGGUUCCGGUGUCGGCUGCGGCUGCGGCGGCGGCGGCGGCGGCGGCGCCGUCGGCGAACCCGAUGAAGCGCCCGCGCUUGGGACCUGGCGGCGCGGGAGUGGCCCAGUGCCCGUCGUGCGCGGUGGACGGCUGCAAGGCCGACCUGAGCAAGUGCCGCGACUACCACCGGAGGCACAAGGUCUGCGAGGCGCACUCCAAGACGCCCGUCGUCGUCGUCGCCGGCCGCGAAAUGCGCUUCUGCCAACAGUGCAGCAGGUUUCACUUACUUGCGGAGUUUGAUGAGGCUAAGCGUAGCUGUAGAAAGCGGCUUGAUGGGCACAACAGACGUCGCAGGAAGCCACAGUCUGAUACCAUGAACUCUGGGAGCUUUAUGACAAGUCAACAAGGCUUGUUUUCGAGUGCAGGGACAAGGUUCUCGUCGUUCCCUGCUCCAAGACCAGAGCCAAGUUGGUCCGGAGUCAUCAAAUCCGAGGACAGUUCAUACUACACACACCAGAUCCUCAGCAACAGGCCGCAUUUCGCCGGCUCCACGUCGACUUACUCCAAAGAAGGCCGGCGCUUCCCCUUCCUCCAGGAUGGUGACCAAGUAAGCUUCAGCACAGGCGUGGCGACGCUCGAGGCGGCCACAACGGUGUGCCAGCCCCUCGUCAAGACCGUGGCCCCCCCGCCCGAGAGCAGCAGCAGCAACAAGAUCUUCUCCGACGGGCUCACCCCCGUGCUCGACUCGGAUUGUGCUCUCUCUCUUCUGUCAUCCCCAGCCAACUCCUCCAGCGUCGACGUGAGUCGGAUUGUCCAGCCGACCGAGCACAUCCCCAUGGCCCAGCCCCUCGUCCCCAACCUGCAGCACUUCGGCAGCACGCCGAGCUGGUUCGCCUGCUCCCAGGUCUCCAGCGGUGGCGCGGCGGGGUUCACCUGCCCCAGCAUGGAGAGCGAGCAGCUGAACACCGUCCUGGUCCCGAGCUCCGACGGCAACGAGAUGAACUACCACGGCAUCUUCCAUGUCGGCGGCGAGGGCUCCUCGGACGGGACGUCCCCGUCCCUCCCCUUCUCGUGGCAGUAGUUUCUCAGUGACCAGUAGAGCUGCUCCUGUGUUCCGUCGUGUAGCUGUGUUCUUCUUGAGCGAUCAGUUUCUGUUCUUUCUGUAAUCCGUGUUCAUUCUCUGCUCCCUCCUUUUUUCCUCCACGUCCUUUGUUCGUUUCUUCAUUUCGCCUGUCUCCAUCGGCUUGAAAAAACUUGCGUAAAGUUAGUGCAAAUUUCACGAGGUCUCCUUAAUA